CAUAGGCUAUUAUUAGAGACCAGGGACCUCGUGAUCCUAGCCUUCUUCACUUACAGGCCACUCAUAGGUCUCGUUCUGUCUGGAGAACUGGUGCUGCGCCCUUGCAGUAUUUCAGGCGUCGCGAUGCCAACCAGUCUGAUUUGAACAUUGAUGUUCGAUUGAUCCCCAUUCUGCAGGCAGCCGGUUUUUAUGGGGUAGCUCGGGUAUCCACUCUUCAGCUUGAUUGGAGUUUGCUUGGUGCUCUGGUAGAGAGAUGGCGACCAGAGACACAUUCAUUCCACCUGCCGAUGGGAGAGUGUACUAUUACACUGCAGGAUGUUGGUGUCUUGCUCGGGUUACCCAUUGACGGAGAGCCCGUUAUGUGUCCUGUAGGCCCUCCACCUGGACAGAGAUGGGAGACCAUCGUUGGUGAGGUAUUUGGACAGAUUCCUCCACCCGAGGCUUUCAAUAACUCGAGGCUACGGCUCACAUGGGUAGAGGGUCUCACUCCAGCGAGAUUACGUGAUGAUGCAGGCGUUGAGGAGAUCAGGCUUCACGCCAGGUGUUACUUGCUACAGUUGUUUGGGGGGUCACUGUUCACCGACCAUUCUGGUGGACUUAUACACUCCUCGUGGGUUCAUUUUGUUCGUGACCUGGAGGCGCUCGGAGGCUAUGCAUGGGGUCCAGCUGUUCUAGCUCGUCUAUACAGGGAGCUUUGCAAUGGUUGCAAAGCGAGUAUUAAGGAGGUAGCUGGAUGCCUUCUCUUACUGCAGCUAUGGGCAUGGGAGAGGUUGCCCACUCUUGCCCCUGUUCGGACCACUGUUCCAUUAGAGGAUGUUGCUUUUUGGGGGCAUCAGCUUCCAGGACCACAUGGAGCCAGGUGGCUUGUUGGACAUUCAUUCGUUGAGAGUGAUGGAAGCACUGUGACUACGUCUCGGGCGGCAUUGGAUGCGCUUGCUCCACAUGAGUUUAUUUGGGAGCCUUAUGCUGGGAUUCUUGAUACACUGCCAGACUAUUGUUUAGCCGGCCGUCAUCUCUGGCGCUUUCGCGGCCCCAUGAUAUGUGUUUACAUAGUCGAGCCACAUCAGCCGGACAGAGUUGCUAGACAGUUUGGCAUGAUACAGCGUAUUCCGGAUCAGCCACACUACUCCCACGAGCAUCACGGUAUGACGCUGAGGGGCCAGAAGGUCUUGGAUUAUGCAGUCGUACAUCAGCCCAGUAUGACACACUGGCAGCAUCGUCUGGAGCAUAUUUGGAUUGAUGACGUGAUUGAUGGUCAUGCUACAGUCCCAGAGUACAUGGAUUGGUACUUGCCUCGGACUGUGAGGUUCAUUAGUCAGUUGGGUGCACUGCAUACCCACCUGGGAGUUGUGCUAGAGACUAUAGCAGCCAGGACAGCAGACGUCCUCCCGGAUAUGUCCCAACUAGCCACUCAGAGUCUGCACCAUCUCCGAGAUCGGAAUGCAUACAGGUUUGAUCCACGUCAAGUUGAGGAGCAGGAUGCUAGACAGGACGGGGGAGGGGAGGAUGCAGGUGGUAGAGGAGGCCGUGGUGGUGGCAGGAGAGGCCGUGGUGGUGCCGAGAGAGGCCGUGCUCGUGGCAGAGGAGGCCGUGCUCGUGGUGAUGGAGGCCGAGGCAGUGGACGGUUAGUUGAUGAGCCGGAUGAUGAUGCUGAUCAUGCGGAUCAUUUAGGUACAGGCGAGGAUCGAGGCCCAGAGUCUUCUGCUACUGCUGCUACAGCUACUGUUGCUGAUGCUUCUGCUGCUGCUGCUACUGCCACAGCUACUGCUACUGUAGCCGAGGCUUCUACUCCCCAUGCUGCUGCUGCUGCCACAGCUACUGCUACUGUAGCCGAGGCUUCUACUCCCCCUGCUGCUGCUGCCGCUGCUACUACUACCGCCGGUGACUGGUGGCCUAGUUUUUCUCUAGGCCUAAGUUUGCCUUCACAGCCAGUACCUGAGCAGCAGACUUCUCAGAUGCCAGAUACCAGUACAGAGCAGCCUCCUCCUGUUGUGCAGCGUCAGCAUAGGAUUCGACCUUGGCAUGGUACACCAGAGGUACCCCCUUUUGACUUGGGCAGCUCAUCACAGUCUACACAGUCUACGCAGCCUAGUCAGCCUAGUCAGCCUGCUACGCAGCCUAUUGUACCCCUUUUUGAUGUCUUUUUUGUUCGCCGGUCAAAGAGGGCUAAGAAGGUUCCUGACUGUGGUACUGGUUCACAUAGGGGAUGAUGAUAUUUGUAGGUUUUUGAUGACAUUCUAGUUAUAGGAUGCUGAACUUGUGAUAUAUGAUAGCACGGAUCUUGUAAAUAUUUUAAUUUCAUGUCGUAUG